UUCUCCUGGCGGGCGGCUCUCUCCGGCCGCGCUUCGCUCCGGGCUGCCGCGCGCGCAGCCCCCGCGGCCGGUUGCCCUCUCGGCGCCAUGAGCGGGCUGGGGCUGCAGCGAGACCUGCAGGAGGCAGCCGCCCUGGAGCGGCGGCGGCAGCGGGAGCUGCAGCGGCAGAGCCGCAUCUUCAACGCGCGGGUCCGGACCAUAGGGGUUGAUAAAGAUGCAUUGGAUGCCCAGGUCAAGGAUAGGAAAAUUCAGGAAGCAGCUGAAAAAGCACGAAAUGAAGAACUUGCUAAUGAAAUGAAGCAAAAUGACAAGAUCAUGUGUAUAUUAGAAGAAAGACAGAAAAAUGAUAUCAGAAACAUAAAUAAGUCUAUCAGUGAAUUUCAGAAGAAUUUUCAGAAGCCAGAAACAAGACGUGAAUUUGACCUGUCUGAUCCGCAAGCCUUAAAGAAAGAUAGACCUGCUCGACUUUCAGACAGUGACUCUCGAUGUACUGUAUCUGGCUUGCAGAAGUUUAUGGGUGAAGACUUAAACUAUGAUCAGAGGAUGAAAUUUCAAAAGGAGCAGAUGAGAGUGUGGUUGCUUCAGCAACAGAGAGACUGGAAGAAUGCAUUAGCUGAUCAAAAGUUUGCAGAUGAUCUUUAUGACAAGAAUAGGAUUGAACUUGACCAAAAGACUAUGGAGCAACAACGAAAAGAAGAAGAAAACAGACGUGCUGUCUGUGUAGCUACUAAAGAUUUCAAUAGAACCCAGGCUGCUGAACUAGCUGAGAAAAAGAAGUUGGAAAAGGAUCAAAAAAUGAAAGAUGACAUGGAUGAAAUUUCCGGCCUCCUUCAAGGAAAUUUACUUUCUGAAAACCCUGAACAAGCAGUCAGUUCCUUUGGUAGACAUCGUGUGAUCACAGAUCGAUGGAAGGGAAUGAAUCAGGAUCAGCUGAUGGCAAUCCGUUACUCUCAACAGCAGCAAGUUCUGGAGAAACUGAGAGUCAAAGAGGAAGAACACCGAAGAGAUGCUGAAUGGGACAGGCAAAGUACACAGGCUGCAAGGGCACAGUUAGUUUUAGAGCGGCAUCAACAACGACAGGAGCGGGAACGCCGCAAAGCUUUAGAUAACAUAAAUGCAAAGCUGUCUCAGGAGCAGAAAGCAAGGAACAUUUAUCUUAAAGAAGAAGCAUAUUCGAAUUUUCCAACAGGACAGUACCAUGCACAGUUUAAUACAACCAGCCGAUGACAUUCUGGAUAAAUUAACUUGAAGUAUACAGAAGUAUGUAGGCAUAUUAAAAUUUUUAAUUGAGCAAUCCUGUAUUUUAUCAUUUUUAUUCGUUCUCUACCCUGUUCAAACAGUGCACUCAAACUAAAGGAUGGUCUGCUAGGCCACACCUGUUCAAAGAGGAAGGCACUGUAGUAAUUCUUAAACUUGAUUGUUUUUCUAAAAAGUACUAGUAGAUUUAAUAGUAGGUUGUUUGAUUAUUGUGUCUCAGACUUAACUGUAAUAUUUACAUCAUUUGUGCCUUUAGAAAUCAGUUUCUGGAAGGGAAUCACAAUUCAAAAUACGUUGUUGCUUUCUUUAUACAACUUGGUCAGAGGGGAAUGCUGUCUGAUGUAAAUCACAAGUGGUGCACACUUAGCAGAUUCUGUGGG